GGGAAUCCCAGGAGUGGUGAUUUCACGGUUGUUUGUGGUGGUUUUCUUUUGGGAGACGUCCACCCAGAGCAGGUCUGUAGGCACCUACCGCUCAUUGCUGAGGUCCGGUGACGAUGGUGCAGUCGACCUGGAGGGUGGCAUCCCCUUUUUGUGUACAUGCUGCAGUGAUUAACACCGGUGGAGGGAAUCCCAGGAGUGUGUGAUUUCACGGGUAUUUGCGAUGGUUUUCUUUUGGGAGACGUCCACCCAGAGAAGGGUCUGUAGGCACCUACCGAAACUCACACCAUCAUUCUACCAGGUCGUGUUCCAGGGUUCAAACGAGAUGACAUUCGUCUACUGCCAUCACACGAGACAAAGGCAUCAGAAUGGAGAGCAUGCUCUGCUGCUAUGGAAGAAACUGGUCAUCAUGCCUGCAAAUUAACUUCAUUCAAGAACAUAUGGAACCGACUGCUGCCUUACAUUAUUUGCUGCAAACCCAUGUCUGACCUCUGUGCUAUCUGUCAGAAGAAUAACACUGCUGUUUAUCGAAGCAGCAAUCUACCUGAUGAAGUGAAACAGGCAAAAUUGAAGAAACACUUGGAGCACCUUGAAUUAUUUGCAAAGGAAUGCACAUUGUACAGGGAUAUGGUGGCUGAAAAAAGGGCUGCCAUUGGGAACUUGACUCUUGGUGUGCAUGAGCCUUGCAGUAACGAUCUUACAAUGCACUAUUCAUUUGAUUAUGCUCAGCAGAUCCACCUACCAAGCAGUCCUCUGCAACCAGGGCCUAUGUUCUUUUUGGUGCCCAGGAAAUGUGGGGWAUUUGGAAUUUCUUGCRAGGCCCUUCCCAAGCAGGUCAACUACCUAAUUUAUGAGGGCAUGUGCUCUGGCAAAGGUUCUGAUGCAGUGAUAAGUUACCUUCACCACUUCUUCAGCACUUUUGGACUGGGAGAAAAACACCUGCAUCUGCACUGUGAUAACUGCAGUGGCCAAAAUAAGAACCACUGUGUAAUCUGGUAUCUUAUCUGGAGACCCAUCCAUCGCCUGCACCUCUCAGUAACAUUGAACUUUUUAAUUGUGGGUCAUACCAAAUUUGGUCCCGACUGGUGCUUUGGCCUUCUGAAGCAGAACUUUAGAUGUUCUGAGGUGUCCUAUCUUGAUGACUUGUACAAGUGUAUUGAGAAAAGUUCAAUAACAGGAUCCAACAUCCCACAGCUCAUUGGAAAUGAAGCAGGAGAAUGUUCUGUUCCCAUCUACAACUGGCAGCCAUAUAAUCCUCUGAAGGACAUCAAGAAACUGCAGCAUAUGAGGCGUGGUGUUUGUGAAAACAGCAAGUGAUGAAGCUGAAGAAGCCCACAGCCUACUGAAGGAUGUCACCCGUACACCUCCUAAUGCCAUGCCUCAAGUUGUUCCCCCUCCAUGGUUGAAUAGGAAGAGGCAAUGGUAUCUGUUCUCCAAAAUCCGUGAGUUCCGCAGAAAAGAUGUGCAGGACAUUGUAUGCCCAUGGCCAGCUGGAGAACCUUGGAGAACCUCUUCAGACACAGAAGUGUGAAGAUGUUGCAUCAGCAGCAACAAAGAAGACAGCAAAAAAGAGGAAUCAAAAUAAAGACAGACAAGCUGCA